CAGCCCCAAUUCAUGCCGCCGCAAUCACAGGGCGGCAUGCCGACGAAUUCUACCGCCGCUGCUGCUGCCGCUGAGAACCAAGCCGGACCCAUGGGUGGCCGAUUCAGUCUCGGUGGUAAGUUGCGACUUUUUUUCUCGCUGGAGUUUUCCCUCGAUACUGAAGCACUUUAUUUAACUGGUCUCAUGACAGAGUCUGCUGAAGAGUAUAACGAGUGA